AGAAUUGAAAGUAGAUAGUAAAGGAAAGAGAUCGUAUAGCAGUACUUCCGCUGAACCCUAACCUCUCUUUUUUCCUGUGCAACGUUAUAAACAUCUUGUGCAAAGAUGGGUAAACGGAAUAACAUGAUCCCGAAUGGGCAUUUCCACAAGGAUUGGCAAAGGAACGUGAGAACGUGGUUCAACCAGCCGGCAAGAAAAUACCGCCGAAAACAGAACCGUGUCAAGAAAGCCCGCGCUCUUGCACCAAGACCCGUUCAAAAUCUGAGGCCGAUUGUACACUGCCCCACAAUCCGGUACCACUCCAAGGUACGUGCAGGAAAAGGAUUCACUCUUGAAGAGUUAAAGGCUGCAGGUUUGCACAAAAAGUUCGCCCAGACUAUUGGGAUUUCGGUUGACCCCAGAAGGAGGAACAAAUCAGUCGAGUCUCUGCAAUCCAAUGCUCAGCGGCUCAAGGAAUACCGAGCGAAAUUGAUCCUCUUCCCACUCAAUGAGAAGAAGCCGAAGAAGGGUGAAGCUACCGAAGAGGAGCGUAAAGUAGCCGCCCAAGUGAAGGGACAAGUGAUGCCCAUUAGACAUCAAGCACCUGCAAAGGGCAAGGCCAGCGUUAUCUCUGAAGACGAGAAGAAGUUCUCAGCCUAUGUUACCUUGAGAAAGGCUAGAGCCGAUGCACGUCUUGUCGGAAUCCGGGCGAAGCGUGUUAAAGACGCAGCUGAGAAUCCAGAUGAUGUGACCAAGGUCGCAGCAGCGAAAGAAAAGAAGGCGAAGAAGUAAACAUCCUAUUGUGUAUAAAAUAAACUGAUUUUACAGUGAUAA